UGAAUCUUUCCAGCAAGCGCAGCUCAACUGAAGAUCCCAAAGACCCCAAAGACCCCAAAGACCCCGAGACCCCGCAUCGCCAAAUUCUUGGAAUUGACUCGUACCUUGCUUCGGAGUUCCUGAUAUCGCGUACUCGGGUUAAGAGACUGAUUGAGUGAGCGGUUGAGCGGUUGAAUGAUUGACUUUUUGUCUUUAUUACAUCUUAACUCUAUCUUUACGACACAAUACUCGAGUAUCUAUCUAUCUAUCCAUUGAUAUAUUCUUCAUUCUCAUCACUAAUCUAUAUCCUCAAACCUCACUUCUCUACUCAACUUACCUAUAUCAAUCACCUCAGCCUCAGCCUCACCCUCACCCUCACCCUCACCCUCACCCUCGCCCUCGCCCUCGCUCUCACUCUCAAAAUGUGGACAAAUCCUCGAUCUCUUUCCCCAAAAAUGUGGUCUCCUCGUAAUCCACCUCUUCAAUCUUCUCAUCGACCUUCUAUAACUCAUUCCCAAACUUUUUCUCCCUUAUCACCUAUUUCGCCAUCUAAUCCUUCAGGAACAUUUCCUGCCCCCACACACAAAUUAAAAUAUCAAGGAAAAAGAAUUGCGCAGAUUGUGAAAUUGAAGCCGGAAUGCGCGGAGAAGUAUAAAGAAUGUCAUGCACGAGUUUGGCCAGAAGUAUUGAAACAAAUUAAAGAAUGUUGUAUUGAGGAUUGUACGUUAUAUUUCUUUUUUCUUCUAUUUCUGUUGCGGGUGUUUCGGUCUUCUUUUAUCGUGUGUGUUAUGAAUGGAUUUAAGCUAAUAGUAACAUGAUAGAUUCCAUCUUUCAUGAUCCGGAAUCAAAUAUUCUUUUCGCGUCGUUCAAAUAUGUGGGAUAUGAUUAUGCGGGCGAUAUGGAGAAGAUGAGGGAAAAUCCAAAGGUUAGGGAGUGGUGGGAAAUGACGGAUUCAUUUCAAGAGACGAUGGUUGAGGGGAGUAAGGGAAGUACGGAUGAGAAGGGAUGGUGGAAGGGUAUUGAUCAGGUUUUUUAUGUGGCAUGAUUUGAAGAGGGAUGACAAUGGGUGGAAGAGUGGGUGGGAGAAUAUGCGGCAUUGAGGAUGCGCGAGUGUGGACUGCCGGAUGAAGCGGGAAGAGUGUGAUGCUAUUGGAAUAUAAGGGAGGAGAGAACAAUCCAAGAGUCGGGGACAGAAGGAAGGAAAAGUGUUGAGAACGAGAUGGGAAGAAAGAGGAAGAAAAGAGGAGGAUAAAAGUUUCAGGAUUAUAUGCCAUGACAUGAUAUGAAAUGGAUUGAAUGGAAUGGAAUACGACAAAGAAUAUGGUUAUGAAUUGAAAUGUAUGAUGAAUGAUAUGAAUUUCG